AAGUCUUCUUCCACAAAAUAUCCUUCCUUCCACCUGCUGUGCAUUCCACUAGAGUUAAGGGAGGGGUCUAUUAACCUAACUCCCGCCAGAAAGAUCAGCGACCAGUCUGAUCUAGGUCAGUCACUCCUAAUGGUGCGUUCCACCAUAGCGGUGACACUAUCAGAGUUGAUUUCUAGAAAACAGUUAUAACAUUCCAUUUUGACACCAACUCUUUUGUGGUACAGUGUGAAAGCUAACAGUUUAGACAACAUGCAGAGUUAGAUCAACUCCAAGUAGAGAUAGAUUGACUCUGUGUUCAUCAACACCAAAAAUUUAACUCUGCUCAAUUUGCUGUGUAGGAGGAAUUAACCCAUUUCUUUUAUUCAGAGUUCAUACUGUUGCAUUGCUGUGUCUGUGUGUGUGUGUAUGUGUGUGCGUGUUAGUUCUGCAUUUAAAUAAAUAAAUAAAUAAAUCAUUCUUCUUAUCUGACCCCAGCACUGCAACCACCCUGGCCUGUUGCUUAAGAGCAGGUGGGUGGAGAAUUGUGUGAUUAUAAGCUCACAUUUGGUUUCUCAGAACUGCAACAAAGGAGACUUGAAAGACAGGAAUCGUCCAAAACAUUGGACCUGCACCAUUCGAACAAGAGUUGGAAAACUCUUAGCUCUGAAAUACUUUACUGAAGAAGGCGUUUGAAAGGUGAGUCAUUGCUCGUGAUAAAAUGAACCCAAGAUAUGAGUGAAAGCCUGAGUGUUAUGGUAUAUGGUUCUAUUAAGAAGUCUAUCAGGAUCUUUUUCACUUUCUCUCUGCAGAGAUGAAUUCAAUUUUAAUAAUUUGCAUGUGAAAUUUAUUCAUGUCUGGUGAUGUCACUAUCUUACUUAGCAUCUGAAGGGCAGUACUAAAUGGAAAAAAAUUAUCUAAGACAUGUGUCUUAAACCACCUAAUGUAAGAUAAAGCACUGCAUAUGUAUUUAAGCAUUUCAUAUCAUAUAUGAAGAGGGAGAGAGAGAGAGAAAGAUACUAAAUCAGGUGCACAUAUAUGCAAAAACUUUGACAGCACCAGAUUAUUUGGUGGGUGACUCCUGGCUAUGCUUCCUUAGACUUACUUACUUUGAGAACCACACUACUGAUGUAUAUAUAUACCUUUGCAGAAUCUGCUAAAUUUUAAUACUGUUAACAAAAUAAGAGGGAUCAUAAAAAUCCCAUGUUUUUUAUUUAGUCCUGUCCUGAAUAAGUUAUUUCACAUAGCAGAUGAUCGGUGUAAAUUGUUAUUAUUUUGUUUAAAGAUCAUUUUUUCCCCAUUUAGUACUGCCCUUCAGAUGCUAAAUAAGAUAGUUACAUGUUUCCCAGAAGACAAAAUACUAACAAUUUACACCAAUCAUCCUGUUCAAAAGUUUACAUCCACUUGGCUCUUUAUGUAUCCUGUUACCUUCUUGAGCAUCAUUAAAUGUUUGCACCUUUUGUAAUAGUCAUGUACGAGUCCCUCAGUUGUCCUCAGUGAGUGAACCCAGAUGUUCCCUCCCCCCGAGAGGAAUUUUUUUUCCCCCAUUUGUGUAUUUUUUUUAUUUUUUUUGGCUUUCCAUAGCGGAAGGAGGAGUCACAACACGAGCCGGACCUGGAAGAGAGAGCAAGAGAUAGAGCAGCGCUCAUCUCUGGCUCCUCUUCCAGAUUCAUAUGAGAUCCCCAGGACUUGAGCCAUUAGCCAGCCUUGGCAGCAGCGGGCCCAGAUCCGCGAGGCUCUGAAACCCAACUUGCUUUCUCCAAGAAGAGAGCGAGUCGCGAGCGGAGCUGCCUAAUUGUAAGGUGUUCACAAUGUGAACAGUCAGACCUCUCGAGGGCUGCCCUGGCAUACUCCACCCUAAACUCUUAACACAGAAAGUGUGUCCAUCCUCCCCCCGUGAUGAAACAGGAGCAAGGUGUAACAUACUUCCUGAAUUCUCUCACUCAUGCUUUUCUCUCUCGCUCAUUCUUUUUUUCCUUCUCUCUUUUUUAAAGGGAUAGAAAAGUCCAGAGAUUUUGAGAAAAGAUAGAGGGGGGAAAGAAGCAUCGUUUUGUUUUCGUUACCCAAACGACCGGCAUGCAGUCUAGCUGAAGAUAAUAAGGCUGACGGCGUUGUGUCGUUUAUAUAUCACGUGACACACUUAAUUGCCACAUCACUUGAUCACGGCAGGCCUAUAAAUAGGCAUGAUGUUACACAAACUUCAGAUUCCAGUCACACGCGAGGCUAUUCUGUCUCCAUUUUACAGAUUCAAACAUCAUCAUGGAUUCAGUCUUACAUUCUACUACAGAUGAAGCAGAUGACUACCCUGAAUAUAAUGGAGCUGAUAAUAAAAUGGACAAUUCAUCUGCAGCAAUAGUGCCCUCAACAGUGGCUCCAGCACACUGCACUGACGUGAUCUGUGUUUUACUGGCAAUAGCCAAUGUGAUUAUUAUGGCUCUUGGUAUUGCUGGAAAUGGUUUGGUGAUCUGGAUCGCAGGGUUUAAGAUAAAGAAAACAGUCAACACUGUCUGGUACCUCAGCCUCGCUGUGUCUGACUUCCUCUUCUGUGCCUUCCUGCCCUUAUCCAUUGCCUAUAAUGUUAAACGUGAAUGGGACUUUGGACGCUUCAUGUGCAAGUUUACGUCUUUUAUUUUGUCCCUCAACAUGUUCAGCAGCAUCUUCCUCCUCCUCAUCAUUAGCGUGGAUCGCUGUGUUGUGGUUAUGUGUCCUGUAUGGGCACAAAACAAGCGCACCAUACGCAGGGCCUUGGUGAUGGUUGCACUAGCCUGGAUUAACUCAGCAUUGCUUAGCUUGCCACCGGCCAUUUUCCGAGAUAUAACAAUAUACAACUCAAAACAUGUCUGUUACUACAACUAUUCGCACGAUGAAGAACAUAUUGCUGUAGUGGUAUGCCGAUUCAUUUUUGGAUUUGUGAUCCCCUUACUGAUCAUCAUCAUCUGUUAUGUCCUCAUCACCCUAAAGCUGAAAAAUAACCAGAUUGCGAAGUCCAAUAAGCCAUUUAAGAUCAUGACAGCACUGAUAGCUGCUUUCUUCAUUUGCUGGAUGCCUUAUCACAUUUUUAACUUAUUGGAACUAAACCUAAAAUAUGCCUAUAUCCUCCCUAUCGGGCAAAAAUUUGGAAGCACUCUUGCCAGCGCCAACAGUUUUAUGAACCCGUUGCUUUAUGCGUUCAUGGGAAAGGACUUAAAGAGUAAAUGUUAUGCACUUCUGUCUAAGAUUGAGAGCACAUUCGAGGAGGAAGCCCGGAGUACACUACAAGGGACGUCUAUUACUAACUCAGGAGACGGCAAACUUUCAAGUACAGUCUAAAGUUAUCAGGCCUUUAAAGAAUUCCAUAUGAACAAAAAGAGGAAUUAAUUUCUGCUUCUUAACAGCCAGCUUAAUAACAGUGAACUAAAGAAAUACAAAUAAACAGCACUUUGUAUAAUUCUGAAUAAUAAUCUCAAUGCAAAAUAAUCCUUGUUUUAAGAGAAUGUAUGUGGAAAGAAACAUUUACACAGAAUUACAUUUACUUCAGGUUAUGAAAUUUAUUUAUUUAAAUAAAUUACGUAAGGAAUAAAACAUGACUGGGUAUAAUAAAAAUAAGAAAAUAUAAAAGGAGAAAAAAAGAGAGAAUGGUUUGGGAAUGGUUUGUUUAUAUAGCUAUAGUUUUAUA